GUUUUUUGUUGAAAGAGAGAGUUUUUUUCUUCUUUACCUAAAUCUGGAAAAUUUAAAGAAAGAGUUCUGAUUUUGAUACUCCGCGAUUUCGUGAGAUUGCUUAUUAGAUACAGAGGUUUUACAUUAUUAUCAUCUGUUUCUUGAUAAAAACAAAUGCCAGCAUUAGGUGAGAUACUUUUGGUUCCAGAAACUGAUAAAGGAAAGAGUAAAGACAUUGAGGUUUCAGAUGAUGAAAAGAUUACAAGAACUCGUUCUAGAUCUUUAAAGAAGAAAGCUAUUAAAGCUUCGAGUAAAUUGACACAUAGUUUAAGGAAACGAGGGAAGCGUGUAGCUGAUCAAUAUGCACCAAUUGUAAUUGAGGAUGUGAGGGAUGAAGAAGAGGAGAAAGCAGUGAAUGUAUUUAGAAAAGCUUUGGUUUCUUUAGAUUUGCUUCCUCCUCGGCACGAUGAUUAUCAUACCAUGUUGAGAUUCUUGAAGGCGAGGAGAUUUGAUCUUGACAAAACUGUUCAGAUGUGGGAAGAAAUGUUAAAGUGGAGGAAAGAGAAUGGAGUUGAUACUAUAAUGCAGGAUUUUGUUUAUGAUGAAUAUGAAGAAGUACAACAAUACUAUCCACAUGGUUAUCAUGGUGUAGAUAGAGAGGGACGGCCUGUUUACAUUGAACGGCUUGGUAAAAUUGACCCCGGCAAGCUAAUGAAGGUUACCACAUUGGAGCGGUUCUUGAGAUAUCAUGUACAGGGUUUUGAAAAGACUUUUUCGGAGAAGUUUCCAGCCUGUUCGAUCGCAGCAAAGAGGCACAUAAAUUCUUCGACAACCAUAAUAGAUGUGCAUGGAGUGAGUUGGAUGAGCUUUAGAAAAUUAGCUCAGGACCUUGUAAUGCGAAUGCAAAAAAUUGAUGGUGACAACUAUCCUGAGACAUUGAAUCAGAUGUACAUUAUUAAUGCUGGAAACGGAUUCAAGCUUGUUUGGAACACCGUGAAAGGCUUUCUCGACCCGAAAACUACUUCUAAGAUUCAUGUUUUGGGAAACAAAUAUCGCAGUCACCUUCUUGAGAUUAUAGAUCCAAGUGAGCUUCCCGAGUUUAUGGGAGGAAAUUGUACCUGUGCAAAUGAAGGUGGGUGUAUGCGAUUCAACAAGGGGCCUUGGAAUGACCCGGAGAUAAUGAAACUAGUGCGCUCGAGAGAUGCAUUGUACAAAACAAAAGCAAUAGGGCUCCUGGAGAAUGGGGAAGUAGCUAAAUUAUUUGCCUUACCGCAUGUGAACACAGAGAUUUCAUCACCUGAUGGAGGCCAAGUUAGGGACAGAGAAUUGCAUCUUGAACAUGACAAACGUGCUCAGCUGAGCAAUCAAGCUGAAGCAGUUGGUGUUGGGAGAAUGGAUCAGUCUGAUUUAACAAAUUCGUUACCGAAUAAUCUGACAGUAGAAAGGAGUUUAAAGACCUCUCUUCAGAAAGUUGCAAGUUUGUUGGCUCGUUUUAUCCUCCAACUUCUUGGCAGUCUAUGUCUCAUGUUCCGGAUCUUGGGAAGACUUGUAAAUAAGCAACCAGAGAACCAAUUGAGACCAGAGUUAAGGGUUUCAGUCUCCCAGCAACAAGUUCCUCCUCCUCAGGUGCAAAGAGAGUCUGUCCAUCCAUGUUGGCUGAGGUUGCAAAAUCUGGAGACCAUGGUCACAGUUUUGUGUGAUAAACCCUCAAGCAUUCCUCAGGAGAAAGAAGAUAUACUUCGUGAUUCAUUAGACCGCAUCAAAUCCAUUGAGCAAGAUUUACAGAAGACAAAGAAGGCGCUCUUUUUAACCGCGUCAAAACAAAUAGAACUCGCUGAGUGUUUGGAAAACUUGAAGGAAAGCAGCUCAACGGGAAUGCGUUCAUGCUGGCCAAGACACUGCAGAAACUUCCAAGCAGAAACCUAAUUUGCAGAAUAAAUGUAUCUUCGGAUC